AUGGACACAGACUGCCCAUCACGGGACCCGCGGCGGGCCCGGCCGGCCUCACCCAGGACACAUGGCGGACACUGCCCGACCCGGGACACGUGGCGUACACUGCCCGCCCAUCACGGGACCUGCGGCAGGCCCGGCCCACCCGUCAUGGGACCCGCGGUGGGAAAAGCCCGCCUGUCCUGUGACACGUGGGCGAAACCGCCCGCCCGUCCCGGGACCCACAGCAAGCCAGGCCCACAUGUGCAGGACACCGCCUGCCGGUCCCAGGGACCCGCAGCGGCCCCGGCCUGGGCGUCCCGGGACACGUGGCGGACGCAUCCUUCCCAUCCUAGGACCCGCGGCAGGCCCAGCCCGCCCAUCACGGGACACGUGGCGGAAACCGCCCCCCCAUCCAGGGACCCGCGGCAGGCCCGGCCCACCCAUCCCAGGACACGUGGCGGACGCCGCCCGCCCGACACGCCCGUCACGGGACACAUGGCAGACACUGCCCACCUGUCCUGGGACCCGUGGCGGGAGACACAAUGCAGACACUGCCCGGCAGUUGCAGGACCCACAGCGGGCCCGGCCCGGACAUGUGGCAAACACCGCAAGCGCCGCCCGUCCUGGGAUCCGCAGCGGGCCCGGCCCCCCUAUCCCAUGACACGUGGCGGACACCGCCCACCCGUCCAGAGACCCGCGGCGGGCCCGGCCCGCCCAUCUCGGAAUAUGUGGCGGACACAUCCUGCCCGUCCUGAGACCUGCAGCGGGCCCAGCCCACCAAUCCCGAGACACGUGGCAGAAACCGCCCACCCGUCCAGGGACCCGCGGCAGGCUCGGCGCCUGUCCCGGGACACAUGGCGGACACCACCAGCCCGGCACGCAUGUCAUGGGACAUGUGGCAGACACCGCCCGCCUGUCCCGGGACCUGCGGCGGGCCAGGCCCAUCCACCCGGAGACACGUGGCAGACACCGCCUGCCUGUCACGCGACCCGCGGCGGGCCCGGCCCGCCGGACCUUAGACCUUACCUUAGAGACCUUACAUUUUGUUCGGGUUGCCCCCAGGUCCCUCAGUGGAAAGGAUAUACUGACAUUAAUGAAAAUGCCAGGCACCGAUGCACUUCCAACUUCAGCACUGAAAACAGUGAAAAGAAGGAGUUCGAGUGGAGGGACAGCAAGCUUGAAGAAUGGAAGCGGGAACGGAGGUGUGCCUUCUGUGAGUGA